AAGAAAACAUGGAAACUUUUUCGUAUUUUGUAUCGGUAGUUGGGUUUGGGGUUGGAGCUGUGUAUUUCGUUUUGAAAUAAGGGUUUGAAGCCCAUCAUCUCAGGAAUUUCGGCAGUGAAAUAUCCAUACAAUGUCUGUUAAUUAUUGAUGUGCCGGAAACAUGCAAUUAUAUACAUGUACAGUGCACUAGUGCAACUUUACAAAAUUCAUAAACAUGGGUGAUUAGUGAACAGUGAUGAAUUUCUCAAUGAACUGAAUAACAAAACAUUAUUAACAUUCGAACCAACCCCCAGAGGAAGGAUUCCAUCACUCAAGACCGCCGACCAUGAUGGAGGACAAAAGGGGGCCGCGUUUCGGGGGCUCCAAAGUGUCCGAGAUCGCGCACAUCUUCCAGGCGAGGCCCCCAGGCCCCCACAAGGACGAGGCUGUCGUUACGCCGAUACGGAAACAGCAGAGGCUAGGUCACAGCCACGGCGGAUCGUCCGAAAAAUUGGACGACAGCGCCAUCGUGACCGUGAUGAGGUCGGAAUCGCACGUGACCAGGUUCAACAACGCCAGAGCCAUGUUCGAGAAGCUGGGGGAGGAGCAGAAAAAGGAGCACCGGGUGGUGGUGCCUUUGCAGUCCACGCGAAGCGCCUCCAACAUCCUCGACUCUAGAUCACGCAGCAGCUCGGCCAAUAGCGAAACGCGCGAAACAAAGUCGCAUCAUGGAUCACGCACCCCAUCACCGUCAGCUGUCAAAAACUUCGAUCAGCACUGCAGCGUUCCAGUGCUGAUUUCGGCACCCAAAAAAACGAACGGAUUCUGUGAGCCCUUACCGAAGACAAACGGCAACGACGAGCGCGCCAAACCGCUUAUAAUGAAAAAGCCGGAGAAACCCGAACGGAAGUUCAACAGCAAGGAGCUGAUCGAGCGACAACGCAACUGGACCUCGCACUUCUCGAAAACGAGAAACAGCAGGUACAACAGCGAUCCGAACAAAGCCGAAGUGAAGUUCGCACCGAACACGAGUCUCAGAGAAACAUCUACUGAAGCAGGCAGAACCAACGCGGUGGCCACCAGGAGCGCCUCGUUCUGCACCCGCUUGCAGAGCCCCCCCACCUCCCCGCCUCUUCUACCCGUGCGAACCGAAGCUUCCAGGCGGCACAACUUUGUCAGGAAGGACCGGCCGGCUUCUGUCAUACCGACCACCGAUGACAGAUCGUCGACAGAUGACAGAUCGGGGGAUGGCGCGCCUAGAUGGCAACGGGCCAGUCUCGUAUCGAAUGCGAGGGACGACGAGAAAGAUGAGGAUACUUUGUCUCAAGCUCAAAAAUACGAAAUCAAAGAUACUACCUCGGAGGCGGACAAUAACGCCGUCUUGUCAAUCUCUUUGCAAGGACAGGCGAAAAAUCCUCCGGAAGACAAAGAUAAUAGCAGGGAGAAUCUGUCGGCUACUUCGGGCAGUUUGUCGUCGUUGAGUCCGCCGAGCAGUCCGAGUAAAGUGAAAUCGGAGCAGGAGAAACAAGAGCAGGAAGCGAAUGAAAAAUCCCUAUUUGACCACAAGACUGAAGACGCCGCAACGGUGGUGCAGCGUCGCCCCAAAGUCUCCAGCGUAUCCUUGAACCUGCCCGCGGCCGGGCUGGGCAGCCGGCCGCCCUCCCUGAUCAGCUCGGGUACCGCGGACGAGGGCGGCUUCAACGAGCCCUCGCCCAAGGUGGAGGCGAGGCUGCGGCCGCCCCUCGAGAGCCUGUACGAUUUCGCGACGGGGGAGGCGGAGGAGGCGGAGGAAGUGGGGGAAGUGGAGGAAGUGGAGGAGGUGAAAGGGACGACGAAGUUGACGGCCGAACAGAUCGAGGCGUUGUAUGCAGUUCCGCACAAAAAACCGCCCAUCGACCCGAGAACGCCCGAAGCCUGUGAACCCGUUACGGCCACAGCCUCCUGCGACUACGAAGACGACUCGCCCCACUAUGCCGUGCCCUAUCGACCGCACCUCUUCGCCCAACAGAAGUCCGUCACUUCGACAGACUCGGACGCCUCUCAGGUCACGGUGGUACCGCGACGAGACCCAGAUGCUGACGUCUUUCGCCGCGACCACGUGACAGAAUCGGCCUUGUCCGACUCGAAGUCGGAGCCGUUCAUUUUGACGCGCGAAUUCCUGCAGACCGAAGAUAAGGCGGACAGGUCGCAGGACGUGCAGAAGUGCGAGGCCAAUCUGCUGGAUUUGAACGAUGUGGAGUACGCAGACGCCAGCGAUCCGGAUUGCAGCGUGUGCGAAGAGAAAGUACCUGAGGCGGAUGCCAUGACUCCGGACGAGGCUGAGAUUUUGCUCAGCACUAAGAUUCUGGAGAAGAAAAACAGAACCAACCUCCUCUCCGACGACGAGGCCAGAGAAGCCUCGAGACUGAUCAAUAACAGAGACGCCAAGUUCGACUCGAUCACCGCGUCGGUGCACGACUCGUCUGGUCCGGUCUCGCUAUGCGACAGCCUCGGUCCUCCCUCCAUCCAAGAGGAGGCCGUCGACGAUCACGUGACGGAGAGGCGGGGGGAGGAGCCAGAUAGGCGGGGCGCCGAACCGCUGUCGCAGUACUACUCGUCCGGCGGCGCUGUGUCGAUGGGCGACAGCUUCUCGAUCCAGGAGGAGGGCGUGAACGAUCACGUGACAGAGAGGCGGGAAGAAAGGGGGCGGGGGGAGGAGCCAGAUAGGCGGGGUGCCGAACCGCUGUCGCAGUACUACUCGACCGGAGCUGUGUCGAUGGGCGACAGCUUCUCGGCCCAGGAGGAGAGCCUGAACGAUCAUGUGACGGAGAGGCGGGGCGAGAGGGGGCGUGGCGUCGAGCCGCUGUCGCAGUACUACGAGUCGACGUCGAGUCUGGAUUCGAUGCAGGAGGAGGAGGGGAAGGUGUCGAGAUGCGAAUUGGAUACGGUGUCGGUCACUGAUUCCGGAUUGAUUGAUUCCGUGACGAGCCUAUCCGACAGCAACCACCUGGAGGCGACGGAGACGGGCUUCACCCCGCGCCCCGUGCAAGUCGUCGGCAUCGAGCACGGCGUCCACUACUACGAGGACGGGCACUUUUGGAUGGAGGUGCCCGGUCUGCCGCCAGAGGACGAAGACGAACCCGCCUAUCCGGCCUACGUUCCGAAACCCAGCAAGGUGUGCUUCUCCGUGGAUCCGAUGAAGGUGUAUUCGACGUUCAGCGUCUCGGAGUACGACAGACGGAACGAGGACGUAGACCCGGUGGCCGCUUCGGCAGAAUACGAGCUCGAGAAGAGGGUGGAAAAGAUGGACGUGUUUCCCGUGGAGCUGGUCAAAGGUGGCGAGGGGCUCGGCCUCAGCAUCAUCGGCAUGGGGGUGGGGGCUGAUGCUGGACUGGAGAAGUUAGGCAUAUUCGUGAAGACGAUAACGACGAACGGUGCUGCGUCUAAAGACGGCCGCAUCAAGGUCAACGACCAGAUCAUCGAAGUGGACGGCAAGAGCCUGGUGGGUGUGACGCAAGCGUACGCGGCCAGCGUGCUGCGCAACACUUCCGGUCUGGUCAAGUUCAGCAUCGGCCGAGAGAGGGAUCCGGACAACAGCGAGGUGGCGCAGCUGAUCAAGCAGUCGCUGCAGGCCGACAGGGAGAGGGAGGAGAGGCGGCAGCGGGCGGUCGAGGCGGAGCAGCAGCACAGCGACGCCAGCACGGUGCAGCUGACAGGAUCUGCCAACACUAGCGUAAGUGAUGGCCCUACCAGUCCACUCGUGAACCAGGAAAGCCUAUUCGAACAUGAACAAGAAAAUGUCGAAUCACUCAGGUCUCUGUUAGGAGAGCUGAUGGAACAGAACGAAACGAAACCCGAAGAUCCGGGAAAGCUCGAUCACCUCAACGACAGACUGAGAGAGUCCGAACGGCAGCUGUCAACAACCAGAAAAGAGGUGCACACCUACCAGAACAUGCUGGAGCAAUCGCAAGGCCAAUACCAGGCGUUGGAGAAGAAGUACAGCAAAGCGAAACAGCUGGUGCGAGAGUUCCAACAGCGGGAGAUGGACAUGCUGCACAGGGAGGAUUUCUACCAGCAGCUGUUGCAAGAGAAGGAUACCGAAUACAAUUUGCUGGUGAAGACGUUGAAAGAUAGGAUCAUCGCUCUGGAACAGGAUCUGUUGGAUACGCAAAGGCGAGCAGGUCUGCCGAUGGCGUUGCCCUACGAGAACAAUCUGAAGCAGCUGACGCCGCAGAUGUCGCGCCGCAAACCGCCCAAGCCCGUUUACCAAACGCUGCGGCCCGACUUCUCCGACACGGAAAUGUCCGACGCCAGUCCCGACGAGGACAAGACGGCGACCGUCGAACGGAAGUUGCCGAUCAAGGACGAGUUCGAUCGAGCCGUGCCGCCGCACGAGCUGCUCGACACGUCGGCCAGCAAGAGCAAAGCCGAGUUGGCGAACAGCAGAGCGCUGUCCAACAGGCAACUACCCAGCGUGAAGAAGGGUUCGCUGAGCAACAGCAGCUCCGAUUACGGCCUCGACGAGAGCUACAACUCGUCGGACGAGGUGACCGAUUCGGUGUUCUCGCAGGUGAACGAGGUGAAGCAGAGGCUGUCGCAGGCGGCCGCCGCCACGAGGACGUCCUCCUUCUCCAGCAACCGAACGUCGGAGCACGUGGAUCAGAACGCGCAGUACGUGGUGCAGUACACGCAAGUGCAAAAGGUGAACCAGUACUCUUCGCACCAUCACAGCGUGAGCGCCGCCAAUCAGGGUUCUGGGGUCGUUUACGCUAGCAUCCAAAAAGAGGUCAAAGACGCCGGUAGCUUUCAGCAGGCCAUGCCCGAACACUGGAACGACGGCAGGGGAGCCAACACCAAUAUGGCCGUGGGUCCGCCUGCAUCUUUGGCAGAACAACUGAAGCAAGUGCUGGCCGAGAGGGAGAAACGCUUCGGAUCGGAUAGUCUGAACAGCUCGACAGACGAAUUGAACGAGAAAAUCAAAGAUGAUCCUGCUCACCACUUACUGGAAGAAAUAAGGCAAGCUGUCAACGAAGCCAACGCUAAGGCGAAGAGAGUAGCCCCUGUAACGUUAUCGCCCCCAGGUAGCGCGCCGUGGCAGCCGCAGAGCGUCGCCGCCGCCGCGACGCCCCCCUCCCCCUCAAGCCUGUCGUCGGGGUCGGCGUCGCCGUCGCGGCACGACGCCUCGUCGUGGGGCGCCCAGACGGACCUCAGUCUGUCGUCAUGCAGUCUGGGCAGCGACAAAAGGAGCAGCGCGCACUUUUGGCACUCGGUGCCUAUUCUGGAUUGGAACAAGGAUCAGGUGUGCCAAUGGUUGCUAGCGAUCGGCAUGGAGCAGCACGUCAACAAAUUCGCCGAGCUGCAAGUCAACGGCAGCGCUCUGCUGCUGCUGACGUCGGCCGAUUUCAAAAUUUUGGGCAUCACCAGCGACGACAAGAACCGCCUCAAGCGCAAGAUCAAAGACCUCAAGCUGCAAGCUGAGAAGGAGAGGAAGCAGAUCCAGCGGGAUCGCAAGGAGAAGGAGAAGUUGCAGCGGAAAGCGGAGAAGGCGAGUAAAAAGAAGUGAAAUUGUCGAUCGUUUUAUUUUGAUCGAUGUUGAAGGUGCCAGGUGUGUCGCGUAUCUUUGCCGAUUUUAUUAAUCGGCCACUGAAUUUGCAGAUUGAAUUAUGAUUGAUGCAUUCUUCAUAUCAAUGAAUACGACCCUGUAUUCGAGUUAGAGUAUGAAACUGAUUCCUGUCUACGACUUUUUUGAGUUCCUUCUGGUCAAAGACUCCAGUCCAGUGACUAGCUGUGUAAUCUGUUUUUGUUUUGGAAAAUGGUUUUACACUAGGUUAAGUAUAAUUUAUUUUUAUCCACUUUUUUAGUACCUAUUUUAUUGAAAUUUUUAAUACUAACUUUGUGAUAUUCACAAUAACUUGUAAUGUUGAAAGUUAUAUUUUAAAUGAGAAAAAAUAUGUGAUCAUUGUAAGAUAUGUUAUAAUUUAUUGAUUUUAUGUUUCGUUUUUAUUCUUUUUGUUUUACUAUUAUUCUUUGCAUUGAUUAUUUUUUUAUUCACGUUUCUUCGUCAUCUCAUUGGUUCAGUACUACGUGCUAGCUACACUUUCAUGUUGAUUUGACGGUGUUUUGACAAAGCUCGGGAUACAUUUUACAGGAAGAACAAAAAAAUGCCAAUUUUAUCUCAAGCCGCUUUGGAAUUGAUUUUGUUGAGACUGACUUAUUUUAUUUGGCACAUGUGAAAACAUCGUCAGUGUUUAUUGACCACUGAAAUGUAGAAAUUUUGAAUUGCUCAAACAAUUUCAGCCAAAUACAUUUAGGAAAAUAGCAAGAAUGGAAUUGUAGUAAGUCUCAUUUUGGUAGUUUGCAAAUGCAAAAAUCUGCAGUGUCUUGAAGCCAUAAUAAAAGUCUGAUAUUAGCAACAUUUUAGAGUAUGUUCCUUAAAGUACUAUUGAUGGAGCAUUUGCAAACUAUCAAAUGGUUUUUCGUUCCAUUAGGGAAGAUGAUUUUGGAUCGUUUCCUGAAUGGAAUUGUUCGUUUACCUAAAUUAUCAAGAUCAGGUGAUUUCCUGUUGAAUUUUGAUCAAUUUGAGCUACAUUCCUGCAGUUUUAUUCAUGAAAUGAACCAUUUUUAAUUCCUUGUCAUACGGACACAUGUCAUUUAGAUUUCAUUUAUUUUUAAGAAUUCAUGACCAGACACUCAAAAUUCUAACAAUACUUAUUGCCAAAAUUCGAGUACCGACCAUCCUAAAUCAUUAAAAAAUCUAAUAUUUAUAAAUAACGAUUUCAUUUCUACAAAUGAAUGAAUCUUUGUUUUUCAUUAUUUAGUAUGUUCAUCAAUAUAUUUAUCUCUGCAAUAUACACUCGUGUCACCGUCAAGCAAAAACUGUAUCUCGAUCGUUUUCUAGUAAAAUUGAAUAGUGCUCUCCUCGAAUCUUCAGAAUUCUUGGAAAAAUAUUGAUCAUAUUUUCUUGGAAAACGAUUUCGAUUUAGGAUCUCUUCACUUCCUUGCUUGACAAUUGAGAUAAUGAUGAAGAAUUUAUUAGAAUUGAGCGAAAUAGCAAUGAAAUUGAAAAUAUCCAAGUCGUCAAUGGUAGAUUUGGUUUUUUAUCAAUUUUUAUCAACCAUCUGGAUUUUCUCUUAUCCAUAAUAAAUAUUUAUCUGCAUUCUACAGGGUGUUCGACCAAUAACGCUUCAUAGGCAGAUCUGAUAGGAACACAUGUCCUUUAAUAGUUAGUUAGAUAUUCAGGGUGUUGGAUUUGAGAAAUAAAAUUCGGAUUUUAGAAAUAACUGAUUUUGGUGAAUGAUUUUCUCUUUCAAAAGACGUCGUGGUAACUUUUUCUCCCAUAUUUGGUUCGUCACUGAUGACAUUUCAAUAAUUCUCAAUUUCUCCCUGUUACUUUUGUUGAAAAAACACCAAUUUCAACUUAACUAAAACUUUUUCUCCCAUAUUUGGUUUGUCACUGAUGACAUUUCAAUAAUUCUCAAUUUUUCCCUGUUUUCUUGAAAAAAUACAAACUUCAACUGAGCUAAAAUGGUUUCCAACAUAUUUGACCCAAAAAAGAAGCUCACAUCAUUUUUCAUCGUUUUCAAUGUCAAUUUUUUUUUUUCAGCUACAGACUGAAUUCUAAUAUGUUCCCAAUCAACUCACAAUCCAAAAAUGAUAUAAAAUGCCCAUGUAAGAUUUAAUUCAAGGUCUAAUAUGUCAAAUACUAUUGUUUCAAGCAUCAUCAAUUUCAUGGGUGGUUCAAAAAAUAUGAAAAUAUACAGUGAGUCUCACUUCGAAUGGAAACACCCCUGUAUCUCACUUAAUCGUUGGGUAAGGAUCCUGAAAUUCGCUGGAGCGAGAGAUAUAUCUACCAAAAAUGACCAAGUGGGGUCAUCUUCAGUAAUUUACACUUCUCGCCAACAGCCACGGCACCACCCCAAUUUCCGGAAAAUGAUAUAAGGAGUGAGAAUAGGUUGAAAAUCACUUCGGAUUCGGAAUCAGGACGCCCAAUUCACUAACUAUUCAUAUUUUUCCUGAACAUUUUUCAGUUCUGAAACUUUCACUUUCGUCUCACUUUUCAGGAAACACCCCCGUAAUUUUAGUAAUCGUUGGCUCAGGAUCCUGAAAUUUGCUGGAGCGAGAGAUUUACCAAAAAUGUAGUCUAUGACGAAGUGGAGUCAUCUUCAGUGAUAUACACUGCUCGCUAACAGCCGUGGAAUUACACACAUGUCCGGAAAAUAAUAUCAAGAGACAAGAUGUUGUUGAAAAUCACUUCGGAUUCGAAAACAGGACGUCCAAUUCAUUAACUUCCCAUAUUUUGACGCAUUAUUAUCGGUAACGAUUUUCCUCAUACUACACAUGUCCGGAAAAUAAUAUCAAGAAACAAGAUGUUGUUGAAAAUCACUUCGGAUUCGAAAACAGGACGUCCAAUUCAUCAACUUCCCAUAUUUUGACGCAUUAUUAUCGGUAACGAUUUUCCUCAUACUACACAUGUCCGGAAAAUAAUAUCAAGAAACAAGAUGUUGUUGAAAAUCACUUCGGAUUCGAAAACAGGACGUCCAAUUCAUCAACUUCCCAUAUUUUGACGCAUUAUUAUCGGUAACGAUUUUCCUCAUACUAUUAAAGAAUCCAUUCAUUCAUAAUUAUUCAUUUCAAUGACACCCGUUAUGAUUUCUGAUCCAUUGGAUCACUCCUGAUAAUCUAUUCGAUUGUACUAGUUUUGAUUGAGUUUGAUGAGAACUGAUAGAAGGAAUAUGAGUAGUUAGUGGAUUAGACAUUAUGUUUUCUGUUCUGGAAUCCGAAGAGAUUUCCAACCUAUCUUGUCUGCUAAUAUGAUUUUCCGGACAUGUAUGUGGUUCAUGGCUGCUAGCGAGCAGUGUAUAUCACUGAUGGUGAUUUCAAUUGGUCAUUGUCUGUAUCUUUGAAAUACUUCUUGCUCCUGGAAAUUUAAUAAUCCUAACUCGAUAAUUACGUAAGAUACGGGGGUGUUUCCAUAAAAAGUGAGACAAAAAUGAAAUUUUCGAAAUUGAAAUUUUUCUUGAGAAAAAUAUGGAUUUUCAACCUAUUUUGCCUCCUAAUAUCAUUUUCCGGAUAUUGGGGUGGUUCCAUGGUUGUUGGCGAGCAGUGUAUAUCACUGAAGAUGACCCCACUUGGUCAUAGAGUACAUUUUUGGUAUAUUUCUCGCUCCAACAAAUUUUAGGAUCGUUACCCAAUCAACACGUAAGAUACAGGAGUGUUUCCAUUAGAAGUGAGACACACUGUAUAUCUCCUGGUAUCGCAAAAAUGUAUAAAAUCAAGUCGAAGCCCUGAGGGGGCAGAAGGACGAUCUAGCCUUUAUAGCCAUCUAGUGGCUUAAGUGCAAGGUGUAUAGGUAGAUUCAUUAAUCAUACCUUGCGAGUAAGUCGUGCAUAUAGACCCCUACGUCUAUAUGCUUACAGAAAAGACAUCCAUGUCAGAUUCUGUAGACUAUCGCAACACCUUUAAUUCUCAAAGUGGUUUAAUGUUCCACUAACAGAUGGUGAUGAACCUAGAAUCUCAAGACUAAGAGAUUCUGACAUGGAUGUCUUUUCUGUAAGCAUAUAGACGUAGGGGUCUAUAUGCACGACUUACUCGCAAGGUAUGAUUGAUGGAUCUACCUAUACACCUUGCACUUAAGCCACUAGAUUGCUAUAAAGGCUAGAUCGUCCUUCUGUCCCCUCAGGGCUUCGACUUGUUUGAUAUAUGGAGGUACCCUUCGUGAAUUGAUUGUCAGCUGGCCAGUGCGACUGAUGAGACUUAUGGCAAGUCGAAACAGUCUGUCUUGCAUCAGCUGACAAUCGAUUCACGAAAUUUCCCUAGAAUCUCUUAGUCUCGAGAUUCUAGGUUUAUCAAUGCAUAAAAUGUCCGAAGUUCCUUUCUUGGCAAGAUGAAACCAUAUAUCGAAAUUGAGGUUCAACCAUUCCUGAGAUAUUACAGAAACAAUGUUUAUUUAUCAACUUAACACCCUGUAUCUCGUGAACUGAGCCCUUCAAGACCGGUGAAGCGUUGUCGGUGGAAUGACGAAACGCCCUGUAUAUUAUCUAUGAAAUUCAGCACCAUAUUAGAAAAUUGAAUAAUGAUUGUAUCGUCAUCCAAACUAAAUGUAGUACAAAGAAAAAUCAAAGUUCUCACAUUGUUCCACCUUUUUUUCGAAGUUCCAUUUUAUAUUUAUUUGGGACCAACACUCUUUCCUUUGAACACUUUUCAGCAAUCAAAAAUUCUCAGCUGUAUACCUACGCUCUUUUGUUUAUAAUUUCCGACGCUGCAUAUAUUAUUAAAUCAUUCUUUUUGUAAUUUGAAAUUUUGUAUUUCUCAAAAUAUAUUGUAGAAAUAUGAAUAAACGAUGGAUUUCUACUUUGUUGUUUUUAUUGAAUUGAAUGAGUAUCCCCUCUGGUAAAAAACGCUUUUUAUUCACACACCUUAAACGCAUUCACAAAAGAUAGAUUUGUACAUUUCUUUGACAAUUCCUUGUGUAAAACGCGAUCGAUAAUCACAAUGUGUUUGUUUAAUUAAUUACUAUAAUAAAUAUUACACAAAAGACUAGUUAGGAUCUGCUAUACCUGUACAAAUGCACAACCUAAUGUUUAUUUCGGAACGGAUAUUUCAGCAGAUUUUUUGUUUUUGGAGGGGAAAGUUCCAUAUUUUUGGCCAUAAUUACAAGUGACUUGCCUCGAAAACAAAUAUUAUUGGAAUUAUAACUGUUAUCAAAAUGCAAAGUGCCCAUAUCUUAUCCAACUCUAAUUAAACUAACAAAAAUUAUUAGUUUUUCAGAAGUUUUUCAGAAUCAUUUGCAUUUAAAAAACACUAAUUGAAUUUCAGAAAACAAUCAAUUCAGUAUUCGAAAAUAAACUCCACAAACGAUAAGAUUCCCAUUAAAUGUUCAAGUCGAUGUUAGGCUAAUUCAUUGUAGAAGUAUUCCCCUUGAAGAAACUACGGUGCUUUUCAAGAAUUUUUUGAAAAUUUCAUCGUCUGUGAGAUAAAUUUCUGACAGCACCAUUUCUAUAUCAUUCAAAUGGUAUUUUCCAAAAUACAAAUGAAGUUUCAUAAAAACUGUCCUUUUCUGAAAUAAUCUUCAUGUUUUCUAAACUUAAACUGGUUGUAGGCCAAGUCAGUAGAAAUAUUCGGCAACUAGGUGAUUUCCCCAUUCAACAUUAAAUUUUCCAUUAAUAUUUUUUGUUCAUCUACAAUUAAUACUUGUAUAAAAUAUCAAAUAAUAUAAAAUAUAUAAUAUAUAUCACUUUCGAAUCUUAGGUUCAAUAAAAAUAAAUUAAACAACUACAUACAUGCACCUCCAGUAGUCAAAUUUCAGUAAAUAUUCAGAGAUGAACAUUAUUUCUCCGGAGAUGUUUUCAAUGGUGUUAAUCUCAAUCCCUUUGCAAGCAUUUGUUCUUCUAGAUCUCGAUCUUCAUUGGAAU